AUGCCUCGACAGAAUCUCUCGCCCGAGCAGAGACGCAAGUUUGAGAAACUUGCUUCCGACAAAGACCGAGGGGAUGACUUGGUUUUUCACUUUUUUAACGUUCCCAGAGACCAGGACCACAAGCAUUUUGAAGAAGGAGACGAAGAGGAAGAGGAAGAUUAUUCUUCAGAAGAACAACCGAAAGCACAUAGUCCCGCUACUAACUCCCGACGUCAUCAGAGCUCAAACGUACAAGGUCAUCCAAAUACCAAUCCUCCUCCUAAUGGAUACCCCCAGAACGGCCAGAUAAACAACCCUCCCUCUGGGAAUAAUCGAAGACAACAAACUUCGCUCACAUGGUUUCAAAAUCCUGCAGACCCAACACGCGGAUCGAAUAUGACUCAGAGUCUUACUAAUGAUGACUCUGAAAUGAGCUUCUCAACUCCCAACUUCACACCCAGAUCCUCCAUGUCCACGGGCGAUCAAUGGCAGACCGCAAACUCGGCACCUCCAACCUUUUCCAAUUCUCGGCAUAAUCAAUACGCACCAGUACAAGAUGUAUUCAAUGAAUACCCAUCUAUAACGCCGAAUCCUAAGUAUGUUCGCAUCUCGAUGCAUUCACCCAAAAACGAUUGCUGGAAUGGUCUCUGCGCUAGGAACGAUCCCGGCACAGACGAAAAUUGGAUAAACUCGAGAAUUGUCGAACGCCAAAAGUUCCGGGUCGAAAGAGGCAAACUCAUCACGACUAUGAACUUCAACGGCCAGAUAUUUACAUCCGGAUCGACGGUAACGGCAACUUGGGUGGUUGAAGGCCGUCUGAUAUCACAUCAGACCGAAUUUCGAGUCAUCGACAAUGGCCCUUUUGAUGUGCUGUUCGGACGCAAUCUUUUGUCCUUGCCAGAGAUAAACCACUUUAGGGAUGAUAGAGUGGAUGACACACCCAUUCUUUUAGAACAAUCAGAUAUAUCGCCGCAAGAACAGGAGGCCAUAAAUCGCAACCGCGCAGCUGCCGAUGCCCGAGCCAGGGAAAAUGAGCAGAGGCGGCGACCGAUUAGGCCAUCGAGCGGGACUCACAGACAUUCGGAAAAGACCAACAAGCCGUCGGCCCAAAAGGCCCAAAAGAGUAAGGGGUACUGA